AUGACGGAUCCGCUCUUACCCGUUUCGGUACACCAUGCAUGGUCCGCAGAAGCCGUCAACGCCACGACGAUGGUCCCGUCGCCGUCAGUCUCUCGUCAAGCCCGUCCGGAGGGAACUGCCUUGUCUACCCCUCUUCUACACACCCGUACUACGGAUGGAGUCGCCAACGACAAAAUGGAACGACGACGCAAACGUCAACGACUCCGAAAGUAUUGUCGUCGACGUGGAGCGAAUAAUCUUUCCUUUGUCGAAUUGCUGGCCUUGGAUUGGACCGUCAGUGACGACGAUGACAGUGACGACAAUGAAACGUCGCAACACGUGCCAGCCCAAGAACGUCCAGUGGAAGAUGAUGAUGUGCCUAUUCUGGAACGAGUCGUUUUGGAUGUCGACGUCGAAUUGGGUUUCCCCCCGCUCGUCGAUACGGUGGGUAGUAGCGAGGAUUGGCCCCACCAGUACUCUCCGGAACGCGUCGUUUCCUACCGCCGACACAACGCGACUCCCACAACGCGGCUGUUUCCGGACGGAGCCGUGAGCAAUCCCGCAACUGGUCGAUCGCUACGACCGCGGGCUUCCCCGUUGUCGGUUCCAACACGACUCGUCGUGGAAGUCACACCACAGGACGAAGGGUACUACGAAGGCGUCGUGUCUCCCAUGACUAUGCCCGACGACGAACUAUACCUGUCACCCUUGCAUAUUUGGCUCCGUCAGAAUCUAGAAUUCUUUUCCGCCAUUCCUGCGGAUACGCACUCCGGACAAGGCGGACGCCGUGUCCCUAUUGUCCGGGGUAAGGUAGGGAUCCGUUGUCUCCACUGCGCCCAGGCAAUGAUGGAAUCCGCCGCGUCCACAUCCACCACCUCAUCCGACCCGGUUGUGGCGUUCGGUGACCCAAACCGUGCCAAAAAAACCUACGGAACAAUCUCGUACACGACAUCUUGGCCAUCCGGCGCCACGUCCUACCCACCAACCUUGGCCGUCCUACACUCGACCUGUGCACCCAAAACAACCCAACACUUUAGUACGUGUCCGAAUCUGCCGUCGGAUCGACGCGGUCAACUCGACGCCUUGACGCGAGAGGGAUCGGCCGCGCGCGGUCCCCGGGCAUCCGCGACGUUGAGUACCGGCGAGGGCCACGGCACCACCAACCUGUCGGCGUCGCUGUACUACACCAUCGCCGCCAAACAAUUGGGGAUUAUAGAAGUGAAAGAUCAAGGACUCCGCUUCGGCCGGGAUUUAGCGCUGGGGCCGUUGCCCUUGGAACCUAUUCGUGGCCAAGUCGAAGCGGAGCAGCACAAACACGAGGCCGCCAAUAACGCCGCUUCCCUGCAACCGCGGAUCGUAGCCGACGAAGAAUCCGAACGCGUCUUGGCCGAAGCCGUGGCCGAACCGGACCAGCCGAACAAAUAUUUCGCGCGGAGCAACGAUAAGGCCCUCGUUUCGGACUAUAUCUUCUUGACGAUCCGGCAAAUGGCUGUUUGUCACGCCGUGCCGUCGGAUUUUUCGUCGCGUGGCAAGCGCACCAAGUCGAUGCGUAUUGGUCUUACCGGAUUUUGUUGUCGACAUUGCCAAAGUCCACGCCAGGGUGCGGGCCCGGACUACUCCUGCCGCUCCUUCACUUCGGCACCCGACAACUUGUCCUCCUCCAUCUCUCAUUCCUUCACAGCCCAUUUGCUCAAGUGUGCCAAGGUUCCGCGACGGAUUCAAACCGCGUUGAUGGCCUACAAACGACUGCACCAUCGACAAAUGGCCCAGCUACCGUACGGAUCUCAGCGUCGACUCUUUCACGACCUGUGGACGAGGUUACGGGCGCUCGACAAGGAUCCUAGCGAAAUGACGGAAGAAAUGGAGGCGAUGAACAUUCCCGAACACGUGCCGUCGUUCCUUUCGAGACAAGCGAGUCCGGCAGAGGAUCGUUCCUUGAUUACAGAUUUUAUCUUUUUGAUCGUGCGUCAGUUGAAGUUGGCCAUUCCGAACGAAAGUGAUCUAGCCCGUGUUCGCCGGUACACACCCGGAACAUUGGGGCUCUGUUGUCUGCAUUGUAAAGACCAGGAUUCAUCCGUUACGCCUUCGGGUCGAACCUUCCCAUCGGCUCCCGACAAUUUUGCCUCCGCGCUCAACACGUCCAUGUACAGUCACAUGAAAGCGUGUCCGUACGUCCCGGAUGAUCUGAAACGUGCGUUGGUGGCGACGCGCAAAGUGCAUUCCUCACAGUGUGCCAGUCUCAGAUUUGGUUCGCAACGUCAAUUUUUUAAAACUUUGUUUGCCCGAUUGAAUCCUGGAACUAACGGUUCGGUGCCCACUGCCGUAAGGAAUGCUUCCUUAUCACCACCCGCCAGCACGACCAAUGGAGGGCCAACCACGACAGACGAGGGGCUGCGUACGCUGGGUUUUAUCGGGAUGAUCGAUACCUUCCUUUGUCGACAUUGCCGUGCGGUGCCUUUUCCCUUUAGGGCUCCGCAUUCCAUAGUGAGCGCCCGUAGGAAAGAUACCUUGCGAUUGGCGCAACUUCAUGCGCAAGCCUGCCACCAGACAAAGUGGGACUGGAAUCUAAUGAAACAAGUGUUUUGGCAGGCACUGAAAGGCAUGGGAUUACCUCGCGAUAGCGUCGAGACUAAAGAAUUUGCGGCUUGGGUACGCUCUUUGAGUGGCUCGAAUGAGUCCUUCGGGGCGUCUAUUGUGGCCAAUCUUCGUGGACGGGCGUUGGAAGAAUCGGAUGUGUCUACGCGUGGGUCGGGUGUUGUUUCCACGGAUGUGGUCGACGUUGCUCAAGUAGAAAAGCUGUUUCAUGAUUUUGUCACGGCAUCGGGUAGCUCGAACGUGUCCUCUAGACUACGGCUGCAUCCAGCUUUGAUGGAUUUCAUACUUUUGGCGUUUCCAACAUUCAAUCCGGACAAACUCUUGCCUUUGGAGGAGACAGGCACCAUGCCGGCAACGAUUGAGAGUCAGUCGGAAACAGCUCUGGAGCACCGGCCUCCAAAAGCAUCGCCGCGUCCCCACGUUACAGCAUCGGCGCUGGAGACCGACGAGCCGUUGGACAAAGACGACUUGGGUUUAGGUACAACAGUCGCCAGUAAUGAGCCCAAUUCUCCCGUGGCGCCCAAACGGUUUGAACACGGACUUUUGGCGGCACCACCGGGCACCCCGACGCCGUAGAGAAUUUUUUUCUUUAAGAAUGGUGGAGAUAGGCACCAGCUGUUGCGGAUUCUCUUCGCAACCUCCCCGAGCUCUAUUUCUAUUCAUAGGUGUCUUGUGACAAUUCCCAAAAAACGAUGUAUUCACGCAUCUCUUAACAAGAAGGCUGGGUGGUACGGAGACAAAAUCUUGGAUUUUUCGCUGCAAGCUCUAGUAAGAACAAGGUAUCCAGAAGUUCCAGGUACAGGCGUCCACGAGACUAGACGCUGUCGUAGUAUUCCACCAUGUCCAUUAGCAGGAACAUGAACUUGGAAAGGGUACGAGACCAAUAGGCUAGUCCUCGCGUGAACACAUUUGUAUCAAUCCUAGUAGUGCUAGGCUAUGGCGGUUGGAGUGCGCCAAGGAGAACACUUACAGUUAGUGCCUCAACCACAACUUCUUUUGCCGCAACGUCCCGUGCGUACAAAAAUAUCCAGCGUUGCUCCAGCAGCGAGUGAUGGUCGGCAGCUUGUGAGUGGAGUACUCGUUGAGAAGGUUCACCGUGUGGUAUGAUACCGUUUCACAGUCAGUAUUGGACUUCACUGUCAGUCCAUUGGUU